AUGUUGGAAGCACGGUUGGAACAGGCGAGCAUCCUGAAGAAGGUUGUCGACGCGAUCAAGGACCUGGUGCAAGACUGCAACUUCGACUGCAAUGACAGCGGCAUCGCUCUGCAGGCCAUGGACAACAGCCACGUCGCGCUUGUGUCUAUGAUGCUCAAGGCCGAGGGAUUCUCGCCAUUCCGCUGCGACCGCAACAUUGCGCUAGGGAUCAACCUCACUUCCCUCACCAAGGUGCUGCGGGCGGCCCAGAACGAGGACAUCCUCACCCUCAAGGCGGAGGAUGCGCCCGACGUCCUCAACCUUGUGUUCGAGAGCUCCGAGACCGACAGGAUCUCCGAGUACGACCUCAAGCUCAUGGACAUUGACCAGGAGCAUCUGGGCAUUCCGGACACCGAGUACGCGGCCACCAUUGCGAUGCCGGCCUCCGAGUUCAAGCGCAUCACCACAGAUCUGAUGGCCAUGUCCGAAUCCGUCACCAUCGAUGCGAGCAAGGACGGCGUCAAGUUCUCGUGCCAGGGCGACAUCGGCAACGGAGCCGUCACCCUGCGGCAACAUUCCAGUGUGGAGAAGCCGAACGAGUCAAUCGAGAUCGAGCUCAGCGAGCCCGUCUCGCUUACUUUCUCCCUCAAGUACCUCGUCAACUUCUGCAAGGCCUCGGCGCUCUCCACCCAGGUCAAGAUCUGCCUGUCCAACGAGGUGCCCUUGUUGGUUGAAUACACCCUCGCGGGAAGCAGUUACCUGCGUUUCUACCUUGCGCCGAAGGUAUGUGAUUCUACGUUCUAA